UAUUGUAACGCUGAUUGCAUAGCAAUGUCACAUUGCCUAAUCAUCGAAAGCCGGUGCGUCACGUAGGAAGUGGCACUGGCAAGUGCCAACGACAAGGUCUGCGAUUACAUUUCUAUCGAAUCCCGUGCCGACCGAGGGUUUUCUCCUGCGUUUUUACGUAGAUUUUUAGAUCUAUAACCUAUUUAUAGUACACAAAAAAAAUGGAGUUAAGGACUGCUGCAUCAAGUUGGAAAACCAUCUGGGUUUUCGCUCUUUGUGUGUUUAUAGUGUGUGCACAAGCUAACGAAAAUAAGCUGAAACAACCGAAACCGAGAGAUCGGAAAAUUGGCAAAGAUGUGCGUGAUAUGGAUGAUGUGGAUUUGGAGCAUUUGCUCGAUCAAUGGGAGCAAGAUGAGGAACCUCUUGAACCUGAUGAACUUCCAGAACACCUUAGACCACAGCAAAAUAUUGAUUUAUCAAAAUUAGAUAUGUCAAAUCCUGACAAUGUUCUAAAAGUUUCAAAGAAAGGAAAGAGUGUCAUGAUGUUUGUAGAUGUCAAUCCUGAGUUGUCAGAGAAAGAAGCCGAUGAUAUUUUGAAAAUCUGGCAAACUAGUCUUCACAAUAAUCAUAUUGUGGCAGAAAGGUAUCCGAUAGAACCUAAACGAGCUAUAUUUAUGUUCAGAGAUGGAGCUCAAGCUGUGGAUGCCAAGAAUUAUCUUUUAGAGCAACAAGAACUAUCUCAUGUUACUUUGGAAGGUCAGCAUCAUCUUGGAAGAUAUUCAACAGGGGACUUGGGACAAAAGCUUCACCGAUUUCAAUCGCCUACCAAUGAUAAAAAGGACAAAAAAAAUAAAAAAUCAGAAUUAUAAAAAUUCUGAAGAAAAUAACAAACAACAACAAUCAACAAAUAACAACAAACUAUUUAGUUAUCUUCGAAGAUACAUUUCAUUCUUCCAGUUUUGCUACGACAUUUUAUUUUGAGUGUUGGAGUUAAUAAAUGUACUUCUUGGAAUUACAAAAAUAGUUUGUUGAUUUUGAACCUUUUUUGAGGUAAACUUAAAUGUAUAUAAAAACAAAGCAUCUUCCAUGAUAUCCAGUUUCUAACAAUGAUUUUAAAAAGUUUUUAUUGAAGUCUUUGUCAUAUCUAAAUUAUUUAAUAGAACAAAGAAUAGAAAAAGUGGGACCAGAUGAUAUGCUUUUUCAGCAACCUUAACGGAUGACCCUGCAAUUCUUCGUAUUGUUCAAAAAGCAUUGUUGACUAUGUCAUUGUUAAAUAAUUUUGAUGAUUUUAAGUGUGUUCAUUAAUAUAACUUACAAAAAAAAUUGGACAAGACAAAUGGUGAACUUUAAAGAAUUUUUGUUUGAAACUUCUAUAAUAAGAAUUGUAUGUACAGUUACUGUAACUGAAGUGGAGUUGUAAAAGUGCUAUAUAUGCAACGCAUAAUUUAAUUUGUAAUUGUAUUGUAUAUUUACUAUUACGAGUAUUUUCAAUAAAUAAUUUUUUUUUCUA